UGCCGCGCCUGAUGAGGGCGGGAUCUUUCUGCCACUGUCGGACGUCAGCUGAGCUGUGUGCCCGUGCAUUGCGCCAUGCAUCGCUCCUUUAGACCUCUGCAGCUGCUCAGGCAGCACGCCGCUGAUAUCAGGCAGCUGCCGGCAGCCGGGCGCAUACAGACGCUAGUCCUCAAUCAAGCCAGGAUGGCCAGCUCUGAUUCUUAUCGAAUUGAAUCUGACACCUUUGGUGAACUGAAGGUUCCUAAUGACAAGUAUUAUGGAGCUCAAACUGUUCGAUCAACAAUGAACUUCAGAAUUGGAGGAGUCACGGAAAGAAUGCCUAUACCGGUCAUUAGAGCAUUUGGAAUAUUAAAAAAGGCGGCUGCAGAAGUAAAUAAGAAUUAUGGACUUGAUCCUAAAAUCGCUGAUUUCAUUGUCAAAGCUGCUGAUGAGGUUUCGGAUGGUAAACUAGAUGAGCAUUUUCCUCUAGCUGUGUGGCAGACUGGCUCUGGAACACAGACCAACAUGAAUGUCAAUGAGGUUAUCAGUAACCGAGCCAUUGAGAUGAUGGGAGGAAAGCUGGGAAGCAAAGAUCCUGUACACCCUAACGACCAUGUUAAUAAAAGCCAGAGUUCAAAUGACACUUUCCCCACAGCAAUGCAUAUUGCUGCUGCAAAGGAAGUCCAUGAGGUUCUGUUACCUGGACUGAAAAAGCUCCACAAUGCUUUAGAAGUGAAAUCAAAAGAAUUUGCAAAUAUUAUUAAAAUUGGCCGUACCCAUACACAGGAUGCAGUGCCACUCACUCUGGGACAGGAGUUCAGUGCUUAUGUGCAACAGAUUAAAUAUGGAAUUAAUAGAAUUGAAUCUGCAUUACCGAGGGUCUAUGAACUAGCUGCUGGUGGCACAGCAGUUGGAACGGGGUUAAAUACUAGAAUUGGAUUUGCUGAAAAUGUUGCUGCCAAAGUAGCUGAACUCACAGGAUUACCAUUCAUCACGGCACCGAACAAAUUUGAAGCUCUUGCCGCUCAUGAUGCAUUGGUUGAAUUGAGUGGAGCCUUAAACACUGUUGCCUGUAGCUUAAUGAAGAUUGCCAAUGAUAUUCGCUUUCUUGGAUCAGGACCACGGUCAGGUCUGGGAGAGUUAAUUUUGCCAGAAAAUGAACCUGGAAGCAGUAUUAUGCCAGGAAAAGUUAAUCCUACACAGUGUGAGGCUGUUACUAUGGUAGCAGCUCAGGUCAUGGGUAAUCAUGUUGCAAUUACAAUAGGAGCAAGUAAUGGACAUUUUGAAUUAAAUGUUUUCAAACCUUUGAUUAUCAAAAAUAUUCUGAACUCAAUCAGGCUAAUAGGUGAUGCAUCGGUUUCUUUUACUGAUAAUUGUGUUGUUGGAAUUCAAGCAAAUACUGAAAGAAUCAAUAAAUUGAUGAGUGAAUCAUUAAUGCUUGUAACUGCUCUCAACCCUCACAUAGGAUAUGAUAAAGCAGCAAAGAUUGCCAAAAUAGCUCACAAGGAAGGUUCUACAUUAAAGGAGACUGCGAUUAAACUUGGAAUUCUUACAUCAGAGCAGUUUGACCAAUGGGUUAGGCCAGAAGACAUGCUGGGUCCAAAAUAAUCUGAACUGUACAUUUCAAACGCAAAAUACUUUGUCUGUCUAUGUAAAUAAAAAAAUAAAUGACCUCUGUAA